CAGCCUCUGUGUCCACGCCAUAAAAGCCGCUUUCCUUUCAUCGGCGAACUACAACUCCCGACAUUCAUCCGCGGGAGCCCGGGCAGCAGUGCUCGGCUCGCACGACCGACCGACCGCGGAGCUCCCGCCGCCGCCGCCGCCGCCUAGCGCCCGAGCCAGCAGCGGGCUUGUGAAGCCGCCGGGUAGAAGCAGUCUCGAGCGACGCGGACGCGGAGCGUGACAUUCCCCCCUCGCCGGCUCCGUCAGAAUGGGUAACGGCGUCAACAAGGUCCUGCCUGACUUAUACUUGGGAAAUUUCAAAGAUGCAAGAGACCGGGAACAGUUAGCCAGGAACAACAUCACACACAUCCUGUCCAUCCACGACAGCGCAGCCCCUAUCCUCCAGGAGAUGACCUAUCUCUGCAUUUCAGCAGCUGACCUGCCCACACAAAACCUGACUCAGCACUUUAAACAAAGUAUAAUGUUCAUGCACGAAUCCCGCCUCAAAGGAGAGGGCUGCCUUGUUCACUGUUUGGCAGGUGUGUCCCGCAGUGUCACCCUGGUAGUGGCUUACAUCAUGACAGUGACAGGCCUGGGCUGGCAGGAGGCGCUGGCUGCAGUGAGGGUGGUCCGGUCCUGUGCCGGCCCCAACCUGGGUUUUCAGCGCCAGCUCCAGGAGUUCGAGGCUGCUCAAGCUGAAGAGUUCAGAGAAUGGCUACGGGAGGAAUAUAAGGACAACCCCUUCAACGAUGAGGCUGAUAUACGAGACUUGCUUGCCAGGGUGUCCAAAGUCAAUGGUACAGAGGUGGAAAAUCAGGCUUCUACCCCAACUGAAGGUAUCUGAUCAGAAACACUGAUGAGAUCUUUUGUAGUUGAGUCUGGAGGAUUACACCACUGUGCGAUGCUGAAGUAUUCUGGACGUGCCGAUGUGCUUCUGGACUGGACCACUGUCAUGAUGUCUGUUUUUGCUGGAAUGGUCCUCUAUAUCAUGGACAAUUAUUAUGUAGAGCACAUAUUCAUUUUUAGAAUUGAUUGAUUGAUGUUUUCUGGUGCUGUUUUUUUUUUUCUAAUUUAUAAACGGUUCUAACUGUGUUUCGUCGUUACGAUUUUUAAUGGUGAAAUAAAGUGAGUGAAGGGA